UUUCCUUCUUUCAAUUUGUUCUCCUCUCUGUGCCUCUUCCACAUUACAUAGACACUGAAGAAACUUUACGCAUAGCACAGCAGAGAGAGCUCCCUCGCCGAAUCUAAAUUCGCAUUGUGGCGCGUGGUUCACACUCGACGCGUUCUGCGGAAUUUCGUAUCUCCAAGGGCACCGUUACUCCUUUUCGAAUUUCACUCCUAGAAGAGGGAUUGGUGGUGUUGUUUUCUGCAGGAAUGCGUGAUGGAUUCUGUGGAGAGUCAGGGUUUCAGAGGUGUGGAUGAGAGUUUUGGAGAGUGCUUCUCCGGUUGAAUCUCUCACUCAUCUGAGUAUGGCUUUGCAGAAGUAUGCUCCUUCUGGCAAUGCACCUUCUGUUAAUAUAAAACAUUUGAGCUUUUCCAGUAAGGUGCCCAAGAAAGCUGAGCUCGAUGAGGCAAAUCCGAAUCAUAACAUGGAUGUGGAUAUUGACCUUAGGGAAAUUUAUUUUCUUAUUAUGCACUUUCUUUCUGCUGGGCCAUGUCAUAAAACUUAUAUACAGUUUUGGAAUGAGCUUCUUGAGCAUCAACUUUUGCCUAGAAGGUAUCAUGCUUGGUAUUCAAGGACCGGAGCAUGUAGUGGAGACAAAGAUGAUGAUGGUCUAUCAUUCCCUUUAAAUUACAAUAUGUUAGUAGAGAGGUAUUCCCAUAUUGAAAAGGAUCACUUGGUAAAGCUUUUGAAGCAAUUGUUAUUAAAUACAGCCUCCCCAUCACUGGGUAUGAAUCUUGGAAAUGCUCCAAAUGCAGCUGAUGUACCUACUCUUCUAGGAAGUGGUUCAUUUUCACUUCUGAGCUAUGAUAGGGACAAAAUGAAAGAAGUCAAACGGCCACCUCCUCAUAUGCGCUGGCCUCAUAUGAAAGCCAAUCAGGUUCAUGGGCUUAGUUUGAGGGAAAUUGGGGGUGGUUUCCCAAGACACCAUCGUGCACCAUCUAUACGUGCUGCAUGCUAUGCCCUUGCAAAACCUUCUACCAUGGUGCAAAAGAUGCAAAACAUCAAGAGGUUAAGAGGACACCGCAAUGCUGUCUAUUGUGCUAUAUUUGAUCGGUCAGGAAGAUAUGUGGUUACCGGUUCAGAUGACCGACUUGUAAAAAUUUGGUCAAUGGAAACUGCAUAUUGUUUGGCCAGUUGCCGUGGACAUGAUGGUGACAUCACUGACUUGGCUGUGAGUUCAAACAAUGCUUUAGUUGCAUCCUCAUCAAAUGACUGUGUCAUUCGAGUUUGGCGCUUGCCAGAUGGCUUGCCAAUAUCAGUUUUGCGGGGCCAUACUGGAGCUGUUACAGCCAUAGCAUUUAGUCCCAGACUGAAUGCUUUAUACCAGCUUUUAUCUUCCUCUGAUGAUGGAACUUGUAGGAUAUGGGAUGCAAGGUAUACCCAGUCAAGUCCAAGAUUAUAUGUUCCAAGGCCUUCUGAUUCUGUAAUUGGGAAGAGCAGUGGCCCAUCUUCAAGUACUGUACCACAGAGCCGUCAGAUUUUUUGCUGUGCGUUUAAUGCUAAUGGAACUGUCUUUGUAACUGGUAGCUCUGACAAUCUUGCUAGGGUGUGGAAUGCUUGUAAGCUUAGUAUGGAUGACACUGACCAACCAAUUCAUGAGAUAGAUGUGCUAUCUGGGCAUGAAAAUGAUGUGAAUUAUGUGCAAUUCAGUGGAUGCGCAGUAGCAUCCCGGUUUUCCACAGCAGAAACUCUGAAGGAGGAAAAUAUUCCCAAAUUUAAAAAUUCCUGGUUGAAUCAUGACAACAUAGUUACCUGCUCUCGUGAUGGGAGUGCUAUUAUAUGGAUUCCUAAAUCACGCAGGUCACAUGGAAAAAGUGGUCGCUGGACACGAGCGUAUCAUCUGAGAGUUCCACCUCCACCUAUGCCACCUCAACCUCAAAGAGGUGGUCCUCGUCAGAGAAUUCUACCAACUCCACGCGGUGUAAAUAUGAUUGUUUGGAGCCUUGACAACCGCUUUGUCCUUGCUGCUAUUAUGGACUGCAGAAUUUGUGUGUGGAAUGCAUCUGAUGGAAGCUUAGUACACUCAUUGACUGGGCAUACUGAAUCUACAUAUGUUCUGGAUGUUCAUCCUUUCAAUCCCCGGAUAGCUAUGAGUGCUGGAUAUGAUGGAAGAACUAUCGUGUGGGAUAUAUGGGAAGGCAUGCCUAUCCGGACAUAUGAGAUAUCACGUUUCAAGUUGGUGGAUGGAAAGUUUUCUUCGGAUGGGACAUCAAUUAUACUUUCGGAUGAUGUUGGUCAACUAUAUAUAUUAAGCACAGGCCAAGGCGAGUCCCAGAAAGAUGCCAAAUAUGAUCAGUUUUUUCUUGGUGAUUAUCGACCUCUGAUUCAAGACACUCAUGGUAACGUACUAGACCAGGAAACUCAAAUUGUUCCAUAUAGACGGAAUCUGCAAGAUUUGCUUUGUGAUUCAGCAAUGAUACCAUACCCAGAACCUUAUCAGAGUGAAUUUCAGCAAAGACGAUUAGGAGCAUUAGGCCUUGAGUGGCGCCCAUCAUCACUAAGGCUUGCUGUUGGUCCUGAUUUCAGUCUGGACCCUGAUUAUCAUAUGCUUCCAUUGGCAGACUUGGAUUUGCUUACAGAACCACUGCCUGAGUUUAUAGAUGCUAUGGAAUGGGAACCUGAAGUUGAAGUGUUUAGUGAUGAUACAGAUUCAGAAUAUAAUGUCACAGAGGGUUUCUUUUCUAAGGGUGAGAAAGGAGGUUCAAGCUCCAAUGCUUCUGGUGAUUCAGGGUGCAGCACAGAUAACAGUGAAGGGGAGGACACUUGCAUGGAUAGCAUUCGUAGAUCAAAGAGGAAAAAACAGAAGGCUGAGACUGAGGUUAUGACUUCUUCUGGGAGACGUGUGAAACGGAGGAAUUUGGAUGAGCGUGAUGGCAAUACUUUCGGCAGUAGCCGAAGUAGGAAGGGAAAAAGUGUCCAAAAAACAUCAAGAAGGAAAUCUUCUAAAUCAAAAUCUUCCCGACCUCAAAGGGCUGCUGCACGCAAUGCUCUGCAUCUAUUUUCCAAAAUUACUGGUACACCAACAGAUGGAGAAGAAGAUAGUUUGGUUGGUGAUUUUUCAGGUAGUGAAUCAACAUUGCAAGAGUCUAAUAUUGACAGUGAUGAAUCCGGUGGAACUUUACAGAAUGAACAACUGAAUUAUUCUAAGGGAAAAGAAGUAUCAUAUUAUGAAUCGGAGGACACCAAAUCUCACGAGUUAACUGAAACUCAUGUGAAUUCGAUGAACAAGAGGUUGGUUCUCAAGUUGCCAAAUCGUGAUAUAUCCAAGUCCACAAAUGAGUUUGGCUACCAGGCUGAGUUGGUUGGCUCAUCAUCAAAAACUGCGCAAGAAGCUACCGAUUUUAAUGGGAACAGACCAAGUUCUAAGGAUUCAGGGUAUUGUUCUGGAAGUACAAGUUACCCUGCAGUUGAAAAAACAGAUCAAGCAAAACUAGGCCAGGUGACAGACCAUGUAGACUUGCUGGGGAAAAUUAGAUGGGGAAUGGUUAGGGCUCGUUCAUCUAAACCUUUGAGAGUGGGAGAAGCUAUGCCAUCAGACACAGAUCCCUACUCUGGAAAAUGUCCUAAUCAUCUCGAUGAAAAAGAAAAUGUUAGCAGUGGGCAUGAGAAAGAGGACAAGAACUUUAGUGCACUAACCCCCGAGUUAACCCCUGAGUUAGAAAUCCAUAAGGAUGACUAUAGGGUAGAUAGUUUGACAGAGAUUAAUGGUAAAAAAGAAAAUGCUAUCAGUGGGCACGAGAAAGAGGACAAGAACUUUAGUGCACUAACCCCUGAGUUAACCCCCGAGUUAGAAAUCCAAAAGGAUGACUAUAAGGUAGAUAGUUUGACAGAGAUUAAUGAAAAUUGUGCUGGUACUACCUCACAGCCUUUUAAUCUUACUGAAGAUGGAGGAGAGAUCACAGCUUCCAGCAAUUGCAGGGACAAAAAUGAAUCACUAAUUUCUGCUUAUGUGAUUCCUCAGGAUAUUGUAACUGCUUCCAUUGGCUAUAGUGAGGUUGACCAACUACCUGAACCAAAUAUUGGUUUUGCUUGUGUUUCAACAAAAUUAAGGUCUAAAAGGGGUUCAAGGGAUCCUGAAAGUCCAUCCAAGCUUGAAACAAAAUCUUCAGUGCUAAAGAAUAGUGCAUGUAGCACUAAUGAUAAUAAAAAUUUGAACAAUGUGGUUGUGGAUGACAGCAACAACACUAGAGUAGCGUCUAAUCAUGGAGAGAAUGGAUCUCAAGAAGUAGAUCCUCAAAUUAGACAAAAUAGUACUUCACAGGAUUUGCCAGAACCACAUUCACACAGAGAUAAAAUGUAUAAAGCUGUAUAUAGAAGAUCAAGAUCACAUAGGGCUGUGACUAAUUUAGCUGACAGUAGUGGCCAGGGAGAAUCCAAUUCAAAUGGGAGAAACAGUAAUUUCAAUGCUGCAGCAAACUUCAGCAAUGGCACAUAUGAAGCUAUUCAUACAAACGGAUCCUUAGAGUUGGAGCCCACCUCUUCUGACCCAAAUUAUGAGCGGAAUAAUCUCAAAGUGCUGCAAGGACCGGGAAAUUGUAUUGUUAAAAGUCCACAGAAUGUUUCCACAAGUGGAGGACAACUCACAGAAGAAGAAAGGUGUUCUAAUUCAAAAUUGACUGUUGGUUUGAGGUCCACUAGGAAUCGGAGGUCUAGUUAUAAUAUUCGUGAGACUAGUCCUGUAAAUAAAAGGAAAUCACUACAAUCAGCUACCAGAGGAUCAUGGUUGUUGUUAUCAACCCAUGAGGAAGGAUGCAGAUAUAUUCCACAACAGGGGGAUGAAGUUGUAUAUCUGAGACAGGGUCACCAGGAGUAUAUAAAUUAUUGCCGUAAAAGAGAGUCAGGGCCUUGGGUAUCACUUAAGGGACAUAUAAGAGCUGUAGAAUAUUGUAGAGUUCAAAGUCUAGAGUAUUCCCAUCUUCCAGGGUCUGGUGAUAGCUGCUGCAAAAUGAACCUUCUGUUUGUAGAUCCGAAUUCAAGUGUUGUUGGAAAAUCUUUUAAAUUAACCCUACCUGAAGUAACCAGUUUCCCUGAUUUUCUUGUUGAAAGAAUUAGGUUUGACACUGCUAUGCAAAGAAAUUGGACUCGCAGGGAUAAAUGCAGGGUUUGGUGGAAGAAUGAGGAUAAUUCCUCUGGUAAUUGGUGGGAUGGUCGAAUUCUGUGCGUGAAAGCUAAGUCUUCUGAAUUUCCAGACAGUCCAUGGGAGAGUUGUACUGUUCGGUACAAGAGUGACCUCACUGAAACACAUUUGCAUAGUCCUUGGGAGCUUUUUGAUGCUGAUACUGAAUGGGAACAGCCUCACAUUGAUGAUGACAUGAGAAAUAAACUGCAAUCCGCUCUCACCAAAUUACAGCAGUCAGGCAACACAGUCCAGGAUCGUUGUGGAGUGCAUGAAUUGAAGAAAAUUUCAAACAAGUCCAAAUUUAUAAACAGGUUUCCUGUUCCUAUAUCCAUUGAAUUGAUACAGUCAAGGUUGGAGAACAAUUACUACCGUAGUUUGGAGGCGCUGAAGCAUGAUGUGACCAUUCUACUGUCCAAUGCCACCACUUUUCUCGAAAAGGAUGCAGUGCUGUCAGCAAAAAUCAAACGCCUAUCAGAAUGGUUCACACGGACACUAUCAUCUUUAUAGUUCUUGGCUUUCUGGAGUCACAGGCCAGCAUUAAGGCAGAAGCAGCCCAGCUGGUUAUUUCCCCCCAUACAUUGUGUAGAUAGAUUUUUUUAAUUGUACCUUGGAUUAGUUUUCUCUUGCUCGCUGAAUUAGCUUCUGAGGAUAGAGAUAGGAAUAUCGAGAUUAAGUAGCAUUUUGCUGUGGAAAAUUUCUGCGGCUACAUUCAUUGUUUGUACAAAGACACCACAUUGAUAGCAAAUGCAUAAUUCGCAUUCAUAAUUUCUGC